AUGCUGAUUGGCAGAGUGGUUGCGACCAAGCUUGCGCAGCUAUACGUGUCGCAUUUUGAAUCGACUUUUCGCAUUCUGCACGUUCCGACUUUCUGGAGGGAAUUCGAAAGGUUCUGGGCCAGCUCUGCAGAGAUCUCAACAGCAAUAUCUCUACAAAUCCACCUUGUCCUGGCCAUCGGAUCUAGUAUCUUCCUGGAGUCAUCUUACGACGACCUUAUCCCCACGCGCUCGCUAGUCUAUCAAUGGGCACAGUCCGCAUAUAAUUGGCUAUCUGGACCUACUGAUAAGGGUCGCCUGAGUAUCGACCGACUACAGGUUCAGUGCUUGUUGGUGCUCACUCGCCAAGUGCUUGCCAUUGGUGCUGACCUUCUAUAUAUCACUAUGGGUCAUGUUAUUCGUAUGGCUAUUCAAAGGGGUCUUCACCGAGAUCCCAGGCAUUUCCACAAGAUGACUCCUCUUCAAAGCGAGAUGCGGAGAAGACUCUGGGCCACCAUACUGGAGCUUAACCUACAGGCAGCGUUGGACGCAGGCGCAUUGCCGAAUUUUACACUCCAAGACUUCGAUACGGAGUCUCCAGCCAAUGUCAACGAUUCAGAUCUUGACGACCUCGGCAGGGUCAUGCGCAUUUAUCCGCCAAAUACAGUCACGAAUUGUUCCCUGCUCCAAGCUCUGUUUGCAAGCCUACGCCCAAGAUACGAACUCGCCAGGCGUAUGAAUUGUUUGUCAGCACCGAUGUCGUAUGAGGAAAUCGAAAGAGCAACCUCCGACAUCAACGAAGCUUGUCGCAGCUACCGAUCACUCAUGAAGGGCGAUGACACUGCAUUGACAUUUAAGCAGAAUCUUUUAGAGCUACUUCUCAGCCGCGGUCUACUGAAAGUCAGCCUUGACGCUGCAAUGGCUAUUCUGUCUCCAUUUCAGAACGAAGAGUUCUCUCACCUCGUGAGGGUCGGCGGUGGCGUUUUCAAGUCCCGGCUCAUUCAUGCGUCUUUGGCUGUGGCGUCCGAACUCUUGAAAGAGAUUGAAGAGAAUGGAGUAAUGAUGGAGCCGAUAGGCCACAGGAAGACGCUGGUUGACGCGGUCGAAGAGGCCCUCUGUCGGACGGACCGACGCAUCCAACUUGGAGAGACCAACGCCGAUGUCAAGAUGCACAUGAAACUGAGCAUGGUCAUUUGCCGGCGAAAAUGA